ACUAAGUCACUCAACCCAUUUCUUAAAGUACUUUUAAUUUUAUAACUUUUUAGGAAAUAUAUACGGAAUAAUCAAAAUGUCUUUUAAAAGUUAAGAAGCAAAAUUCAAAAGUUAAAUGGAGUGGUUAUAUUUUAUGAUGUUUUGGAUACUUUUUUCUGUCAUUAUGGUCGUGCAAGGAAGUUUCACAAAUCAAACUUUAUAAAGUCUUUCACAGGUCGUCCGAAAAUGGGAUGCUUUUUGAGCCUGUUCGACCGUAAAACUACGCACGUCCAUCGGGCCACAAGCUUCACCACAGCGCAUAGCAACGGCAUAGCACGAGUUCCAAGGCUUGACCUUUCUACCGUUUCUGAAAACAGAACUCGAAAACGCCGCCGACAUAAGGCAGGAGGUCAAGAUGACAUCGACGGUGACUUAGUUAUGCGCUUACGCCCACCACCGCCUCCUCCACGGUCGACAACUCCGCGGUCGCCGACUCCAGAGAGGACGUUCUUGUCACCCCGGCCACUUCCGACGUGUCCUCCAACGCCCCUUGGCGAGCGCCCGUCUCUUGUUGUUCAGUACGUCGAGGAUUUGGAACCCGUUAUGCAGGAAGUGCCCGACGAAAUCCCCGUCUGCACUGCCGCUAGCACAAACCAUUCAAACACCGUUUCUAUUUCAAACGUCUCAGUUUAUGGUAACUCGACAAGAGAUUUGACACAACCGUACGGACUUAAGAAGACCUGGUCGAGUCGAAACGACGACCUUCUUAUCGAAGAAUUGGACACUGAGGUGGAGGAUCAUAGCAGACUCAGCAAAACUAGACACACAUUUGGCAAAGAGGAACGAAUCAACCCCAUCGCUACAGAUAUCCUGUUACCAAGAAUAAAAGGUGAUGCUCCUGUCAGCAAAAUUACUGUUGAAAAUCAAAAACUGUUCGAAAAUCAAGCUAAAAGCAAGGACUUUACCGGGAACGAAAAUAUUCCAGCUGAGCAUUUGGGCGAGCCUGAAAACAAGUUAAUGAGCACAAUGACGCCUAAAACAGUCCUGCAAGGCUCGACACCUGGUAUUCCAAAUGUUCGCUCUCUUGCCAAUGGAAGAAGUGGGAGUAAAAGGCUUCCAAUAAAUGACAAUGAUGUUUCAAAUGCUUAUUUAAAUGUUUAUAAAGAAGAAAUCAUAAAACCACAAUCCGAUUUAACUGCAAUGAACUCUACAAUUCAAGACAGAAUUGGUGAACAGACCGCUGAUGAACAUUCUAAAAUCGCGUCUGUAAUGCUGACCAAUAAGACGGAAACAAAGUCUGUUCCCAGUGGGACUCUCUAUGAAAGUGAAUUGAAACGUUCUAGGGAAAGUCGUAAACGUAAACGUGGUCCGAAACGGAGUAAACCGGAUUAUACACCACGACCACAGGAAGUAUCCAAAAUCAGGCACACAGGUCAUUCAAUUGAGCUCAAUGGAAAGUCGAGAAUAAGACGUGACUCUGCUAAAACUGGCAGUACUCUUACGUUAGAUGGCAAAAUGUCGCUUGGAAGUAACGACUCCCUGUACAGUUUCGACAUCGAAAAAUUUAACAAAGAAAAUGACCAGGCAAACCAAACGUAUUCUUACGUUAGAACUGGAACCACUCCAAUUAACUUUAAAGGCCUAACGGAUGACGAUAAGGCCAAUAUAAUAGACAUAGAGGACGACGAUUUUAAUGACAGUGGUGACGACUCUUGGCUUGAAUCUAAGCCUAGUGAAGAAAAAUUCGAUGCCUUUUAUGGCAUGAAACCGUACACAGUUUUAGGAAGUACCAAUCUGAAUGAUUCUGACCGGAGGAGAUCUGACUCUCCUGCAAGCGGACCUUCUACCAACGCGCUGAGCACCAAACAGAAGCUUCUGUACUCGCGGUUUAACCGCAGACCUUAUUCUGAGACAGUUCUGCCAUCAAAUAACAGGCCACCGUUACCCCCUGGUAAAGAUAUCAAAAUAAGACCCGCCUCAGAAACUCAGAGAAAAACACAAACAUUUUCAAGAUAUUUUGCAUCGGACUUUGACGUCAGGUGAAUUAGUUUGGUGCCACGUGGAAAGUAAUAUGCAAACAUUAGUGAUUAGUGAUCACACUAAUUUAUUAUGAAACUGAAAUACAUCGAGAAUUUAAUAAACGUUACCCAAUUAUGCUGAGGUCUGUCUGUUAUAUUGUUGUUCUAGUGGGGCUAUCUUAAAGCAGUGUUUAGCAAAAUCGUGCGAUUUGUGAGGAAAAGCACAUAUUCUCAUUUUACCUACCGCGAUCGCAGAAAAAAGAGUCAAUUAAUAUAAUCAAAUAUUGCUGAUCUUUCUGCCCUUUUUAAAAAUAGCGAAAUGUAGCUAAUUAAAAUGACUAUUUCUUUCUUUAGGGUGUAGUAUUAAAUAUGAAACUUUCUAUUGACAUAUUAAUUGUUUUAGUCCGGAACCAAUUUUACGGUGAGAUAUUUGCUUAUAGCAUGUAGUUUACGCAAUUAAACGUUACCUAAAAACAACAACAAAUUAUACAGUAAGAACAUAGUUUACACAUAUGUUUUCCAUUUUAAUGUAUCAGGGAAAAACAAACAAAUAAAUUGUGCAUUGUAUGUGUAUUUACAAAUAAGCCUAUUUCCUUAGGCCAUUAAAAUUGAAAACGUAAAUAAACCAUGAUGGCUUAGGCAUGAAUUCAUUUAUGAAUAUCAUUAAUACACAAACAAACAUUGAAAAGAUCACAGCACACAGUCAUUUAUAGGUAAUGAAACUAAAUAAUUUUCAUUGCAUGCAUGUUUUAUAAUUUGCAGUACGGGUGUAGUGUGUUCUAUCUGUGUUACUGUUUUUACUGAGAUACUUUGUAUAUAUAUUAUAGGAUUUUGUCAUAUUUUUCAUUAUGUGUAAAAAACAUGAUACAUCAACGAUAUGUUUAAGUUUUAAGAUAUAUUUUCAGUAUGUUCGAGGUUUAUAGGGUGUAAUUUACGUAACCGAAAACAAAAUUAUACAAAAAAGAAACUUUUACAAAUACAUAUUCCUCAUAGAUAUGUUUGUUUAUUGUAAUAUCUAGUUAAGGCAAAUUUAACGUUUUCAUUUCAAUCGCAGAUGUUUUAACACAAAAUAAAAAUGGAUUGCACAUUUUUUUUUUAAAAAGCUUGUCCAAAACGCUUUUUUUUUCACAAGAAAAUGACAACUUUGCUUUUGUUUUAAUUUAUAGUAAAAAAACAUGAUCAUGUUUAAAAAAUGUAAUUAUAAUAUUGCCAUUAAACUGAAUACAUAUAAGACAGAGUUUUGAUUGUUUUUGAAAAUCUUGAAAAAAAUAU